CCGGUACAGCUGGGCAUAUGGCUAUCUAGCUAGAGUCAGGCUUUAACUUAUUGUGAGUUUUUCAGGGAUUUUAGUGCAGACAUAACAUGAGUGCUAACCAGCGGAGGGCCGCCAGGCCGUCAGCGGACCGACCGGGCACUGGCGUCGGGGAGAACCGCGGUCCUCCCCCGAAGAAGGCGCCUGGAGGUACCGGUAGACUCUUGCUCGUGGUUCACCUGAACAACAUGUUGCACAACUUGGCUAUGAUGAUGAACCAAACAGCAUUACCUUUCCUGACAAAGUCGCUAGGAGUCGGAAACAGGAUUUUCGGCGCCUUCACCACCACCACGGCCAUAGCCCAGCUAAUUGGGAGCCCCCUUUUUGGGCGGUUUGGGGAUGUGUAUGGGGGGAGACUGUCCCUCACGGUGUCGUUUCUGGCCAUGACGACCGUGUCCCUGAUGUUGGCUGCUUGUGGAUCCAUCCCAGUACUGUUCCUGACUCGGCUGCCUCUACUUUUCAUACACAUCGUGCCAAGUUUCCAGAUGGUGGUGUCUGACGUCACUGAUGACGAGUCAAGGGCAGGCGCGCUAGGCCUGCUGGGACUUUCUAUGAUCAGUGGUAUCGUCCUCGGCGCUCUGUCCGGUGGAAUGGUGACAGAGAAAUACAGUCCCUCUACGUCGUUCCUAGUCGCCGCCCUCCUGUCAGUGUUGAGUACAGUGGCUGUGUGGUUCAGUAUCCCCACACAAACUAAACAGAAGAAGAAAGACGACAAGCCCAAACCAAGUAAGUGGAUUUUUGCCUACUACAACUGUGGAAUUUCACGUAACGUACCUAACUUCUGUUCAUUGGCAUUCUUUUUGUUUCCAGAGGGUGGUGUUUUCGACGUGAAAGAACUGCAGCGACUCUUGAGGGUUCCUGGCGUCGCGAAGCUUCUUGGAACGAAGUUUCUCCUACUGAUGUCCUGUAUGAUCAUACAGAGUAUCCUUCCCGUCAUCCUCACUGAUAUCUUCCAAAUGGGCGCACAGGACACUGGGAUAUUCUUCAUGGCCUCUGGAAUCAUGGGAGCGGUUUUCCAAGUCGCCGUGGUAGGCCCUCUGUCUACGCGUUUUAAGGACAAGUCCCUCAUUCUCCUCGCGUCAUUCCUUAUAGCAGUGGCUGGGUUACUCAUGGCUGGAGCGACCACUGUCCGGCACAUGUACUUCGGGUUCGCGCCUCACGUGUUCGGUAACGUCAUGUUUGAUGUCGUCAUCAACAGCGCUCUGUCUAAGGCUGUUCCACAGGAAGACACAGGUGCAGUGAUGGGUUUUACCGGGACAGUGUACCACCUCUCCAUGGUGAUGUCCCCGCUCCUCAGCGCGAUUAUGUUGGAAAACCUCGGCUUCUCCUCUCUUGGACUCACAAGUUCCGCCAUUAACGGUCUUAUACUCCUCUCUGGCUCCAUGCUACUCUAGUUCAAAGUUCAUACUGCAUAAAUGCAUUUAUGAAUGAUCAAUGAAUGAAUGAAUGUAUGUAUAAAUGAAUGAAUGAUUCCGUCAUCAACGGUCUUCCAUUAUUGAAUAAAUGAACGAACGAAUGAAUGAACUAGAAAAGUAACAUUUGCAUUUAGUAUAAAAAAAUUACGACUAAGUUUUGCGACUUUUGAUAAUUCUUCUCACCCAAAAAUAUACUAGUAGUAAAUUAAUAUAUUUGUUAAUGAGAAAAAUGUAUGAUUAUGAACUAUGUCACACAAUGUAGUGUGUGAUUUUUU